UACAGAUUGCAUACAGUAUGUUCGUUUCUCUAAUUUAUCUCGGUGCGGCAAUUAUGCCACAGCUCAAUUUAUAAAAACCUGCAGCGUCACUUGCUUUCACAAAGGAAGAAGAAGUCUGACUGGGACGAGACUCAGUGGAAAUGUAAGAUUUCAAAUGCAGUGGGAAAUGAGGGCUACGGUUUCUACGGUCUGUCUCCUGACAGUUCUAGGCUGUGUGAUGUCAGCAGAGAGGAGAGUGAGUGGAUCUGAAGGAGGAAGUGUAGAGAUUGAGUGCAACUAUCCAGAUGGGUAUCAGUACAAGAAGAAGUACUGGUGUCGGCAUCCCUGUGGGAAUAAGGACGUUCUCAUUAAAACUGGCAAGACGGACACUGUGGUCUCUGUGGGGAGAUUCUCUCUCUAUGACAAUGUCUCAUUCAGGACCUUCACUGUGACCAUGAGCAGACUGACCCUGCAGGACACUGGGGUGUAUUACUGUGGACUGGAGCAAUGGGGGACUGACAGACUCUCAGAAAUACAUCUGAGGGUCAGGAAACAUACACAAGGUAUAAAUCAAUCAAUGACCGUAUCCACUUUGUCCACCUCCAUGCCUGUGACUGUACUGAUGGACAUUACUAAGACAGCAGCCAUGGACAGUUCCACCCAGUCAGCUGGAGGCUCUAAUGCCACAUCACUUGUACCGGGGGACCAGAUCAACCAGGACAGCAAAGUACCACCUGUAUCAGCCAGAAAUACCAACAAUCUGUCCAUGUAUCAUCAAGCCAGCAUCCAUAACACUCUGCAACUCACAACUGGCAGCCCACUGAAGCUCAGCAGGACAGUUUAUUGUGUUGGGAGUAAGCCUUGCGGUGGUUGUGUGCAUCUUUGUGCUGGCAGCUGUUGUUCUCUACAUCAGAAGGCCAGGAAAGACGUUGGCUCCUCUGGCUGAGAACAGAAGCAGAAAACAGGUUGGUGAUCCCAGAGCUCGGAGUGCAGUUGCCAGCAUGGAUCCACACAGCUCUUUGUUUGCAGUUUACACCAAUGUAAACUGACCAGUGUAGUGGGGUCCUUCCACACAGCAGCUGUUGAAGUCUAAAUAAGCUGUAGCAGCAAAGCUUUUUAUUCCUCUUAGAGUUUAGUGUUUAGUGAUAAGCUUUUACUAUUGCCUUGAAUGGACAGUCACCCAAGCCACAGCCUCUCUCUGCGGAUGGAAGCCAGUAGAACUGUGUCUGUGAUGGGCCUCUCUAAUAAGCAGCAAGUCCUGACUCCGACAUACUCCACUCAAAGUGCUUUACAGGUAAUGGGGACUCCCCUCCACAACCACCAAUAUGCAGCCCCACCUGGAUGAUGUAAUGGUAGCCAUAGUGCUCACAGUAUUCUCUAUACACAGAACAGAGUGAUGAAACCAGUUCAUAGAUGGGGAUUAUAAGGAAGCCAUGAUCGGUAAAGGCUGAUUGGAAUUUUGGGCAGGAGGUCUCCCAUCCAGGUACUGACCAGGCUCACAUCUACUGAGUGGCAAGGUGAUACAGCUGCUGGCCUCAGGUGUAUCAGUGUGCAUCAGCGCCACAGGUAGCAUGGAGGGUCAUUCAGCUUCUCUGGACAAGGACAGGUAUCGGAGAUCCAGGAUGUCAGCACUGAACCCUCCCCCUCACAGCAGCAGGAACACAGACAAGACACUGAAUCCAUCUUGUCUCCAGACGAUAUCAGCCGGACAGCCAUUUCUCCCAUUCCCGGCUACAAGAUUGGAUGGCGCCAUUUUGAACUCGUCUGGGAGUUUACACUGCAGUACCAACACAGUGGGACUGAUUUGGUCAGGGGCAGUGUUGCUCACCUAUAAGGUUCUGCAUGGCUUGGCACCUCAGUAUCUGUCUGAACUAUUAUCACCCUACUCCCCUCCUCGCAACCUUCACUCUUUUAAUUCUGGUCUCCUAACUGUCCCCCAAGCCCAUCUACAUUCUAUGGGUGACAGGGCCUUCUCCUUUUAUGCCCCCACUCUCUGGAACCUUCUCCACAAGGACAUCAGAGAGUCACCUUCUCUAACCUCCUUCAAAUCCAAAUUCAAAACCUUCUUGUUUAGAAGAGCCUUUACUUAACUGGUUCCAUUCUUUACCUCUCUGAUCCUGCUAUACUAAGUACCACCAUCCACGGUCUCCUCUGUGUAUUGUAAUUGUGUUUUAUCUUGUGUAUUCUUCUCAUUU